AGGGGAUCGCGAGCGGCGGGGCUGGCGACGGCGUUGGAGCCGUGUGGAGGAGGAAGCUAUGUGCUCGCAACGCAGCUUGGGGAGGAGGACGUGUCUAGGGUUUGGGAAUGCGAGCGAGGAGCUUGACGAUCGCUGGGAGUUUCUUCAGGCAAGUUCUUCUUCCUCAGCAAGAACAGGCGGUCGUCGAGAGAGAGGCAGCGACAGGGAUCUUUGUGGCAGCGCUCAAGGCAUGCACUGGCACGAGAGAUCUCCAGACCGGGAGAAAGAUCCAUGGCGAUGCCCUUGUCCAUGGGCCUGGGAGAAGCAUUUACGUGGAGAACAGUCUUGUGAGCAUGUAUGGCAAGUGUGGGAGAAUGGCCGAUGCUCGCGGUGUUUUCGAAGGGAUGAAGCUCCACAGCGUUGUCUCAUGGACGUCCUUGAUCAUGGGCUACGUCGACAAUGGCGAGAACGAGCUUGCCCUCCAGCAGUUUUCGAGAAUGCAGCAAGAAGAACAGUGCGCUCCCAACGAGAGAACUUUCGUAGCUGCGAUGAUGGCCUGUUCUACCUCGGCAGCGAGAGAGCUCGGCAAGAAGGUUGACGGGAAGCUACUGAAAGCCGAGAGCUUGGAAAGAGGAAUUAAGCUGCACGAACAAGCAGAGAAGAGUGGCUACUGCGAGGACGUGUUCGUGGCCAGCACUCUGAUCGAUAUGUAUGCCAAGUGUGGGAGCUUGGCGGAUGCUCGCAAGGUGUUUGACAAGAUGGUAAGUCCUACGGUUGUUUCAUGGACGGCACUGAUACUGGGCUAUGCAGAGAAUGGUGAGCCGGAGAUGGCUUUGCAGCUUUUCCAGCUCAUGGACUCCAAGGGCUGUCUGCCAAACUCCCGAACCUUCGUGGCUCUCUUCGUUGCCUGCGGCCGUCUAGCCACGAAAGAAGAAGGCAAGCACGAUGAUGGCAGCGUUGUGAAGCCCAUGUCCUUGGAGAAAGGAACUCAUCUACACUCCCGAGCAGCAAAACUUGGCUUUGAUUCGGACAUGUUCGUGGCGAGCUCGCUCAUAGACAUGUACACGCGGUGUGGGAGCUUAUCGAGCGCCAGAGCAGUGUUUGACGGGAUUAAGACGGGACACGACGUAGUAACUUGGACAGGGAUGAUUCAGGGGUAUGCGGAGAACGGUGAAUCGGACGCAGCUCUGAAGCUGUUUCAGCAAAUGAGAGCGUGCAACUGUGCACCGAAUUCGCAGACGUACGUGGCUGUUCUUCUCGCAUGCGGCAACCUGGCUGCUCUUGAUUCUGGGAGGUCCAUCCAUGCAGAGAUUUAUCGAAACGGGCUGGAAGACAAUCAGUUUCUAUCGAGCCAACUGCUCGACUUUUACGGGAAGUGUGGGAGCAGCGGCAUGGAACAGGUUUUCGACUCGCUUCCAACGAGAACUUCUAUCACUUGGAGCGCUCUGAUAGCAGGAUAUAGCUGCCAAGGGAGGAGCCAGGAUGUGUUCCAUGCAUUCGAGAGCAUGCGAGAGGAGUGUAUCCAGGUUGACAAUGUCACAUUCUUAUGCGUGCUCUCGGCGUGUAGCCAUGGUGGUCUGGUACAACGAGGGAAGCAGUACUUUGCGAUGCUCUCCGAGCAUGGCAUCACACCAAGCCUCGAGCAUUAUCACUGCAUGGUCGAUCUCUUGGGACGUGCAAAUCAUCUGGAGGAAGCACUGGCGAUGAUCGAAAACACGCCUUUCAAACCAACGUUAGUGACUUGGAUGACGGUCCUGGGAGCUUGCGGGAAGUGGAAAGACGUGAAAACUGGAAGAUAUGCUUUUGAGUCGCUGCUCAAGAUAAAUCCCAGCCACACUCCAGCGUUUGUGCUCAUGGCUAACAUCUACGGUAGCGUAAGAAUGCUGGAGGAGCAACGCAGGAUCACACCAGGGCCUUUGGUGGUGGAACCGGAACUUUGAGCCCCAGCAAUGUAUCUCAGGGGCGAGCCUUGAUGGAUGGGAAGACGACGGUGGCCACGGGAUGCAGCAGCCAUGUUCCACUGAAAAUC